AUGUCCGCCCCAGCCUCCCCCGCCCAGCCCACCACCCCCCGCCAGCACGCCGAGCACGACCCACAGCUCGCAGAUGUCAACAUGGACAUCCCCGACCAGCCCCAGAAGGACAAGAAGCCCGACGAGCACAAUCCCUUCGGGGGCGACUCGCUCGACCAGGCCAUCCGCGUUAUGCAGCGCGAGCGCUACACCGUCUUUCCCAUGUUUACUACCUGGGCCCAGGACCCAAACAACCCCGCUAGCCCGUCCCAGCAUGCCAACGGCGACUCGCCCUCCCACCAGCACAAUCAGCAGGCCCAGCUCGACUCUAUCCUCUCUCUGCGCAGCCCCACCUCGGGCGAAGAUGGCUCGGCAGACGUAGAGGGUACAGGGAUAACCCCCGAGAUUCGUUUUUCCGACGAGAUGGCGGAGCAGAACGUUUCCGCGGGCCCUGCAUCCUUGAAGGACGAUGGUCAGCAGCAGCAGCAGGCCCAACAAACAUCCCAGCAGGCUCAGAACCUGCUCGCCCCACCCCAAGCCGGGACCAGCCAGGAUGGCGAAAAGGGAAAGGACAGCACAUUCUCGCGUUCUCCCGAGCUGAGGGUUACACACAAGCUGGCGGAGAGGAAGAGGAGGAAGGAGAUGAAGGAGCUGUUUGACGAGCUUCGUGAUGAGCUGCCGGCGGAUAGGACGAUGAAGGCUAGCAAGUGGGAAAUUCUGACUGUGGAACACAUGCGACAACUGAAAGCGACCCAGGUGGACCAUCAGCGAGAGCUAGAGCAUCUCCGACGAGAGAACGAGCACCUUCGCGCUACUGCCUACGCCCACCCCCCUCCCCAUCCCCACAACAACAACCACAACAACCACAACAAUCACAACGCCCACGCAUUCCCCGCCUACCUGCCCUACCACCCCAACGCUUUCCAAGCGCACAACAACAUGUCGCAGAAUGUGGGUGGCCAGAACGGUGUGCAAGGGCAGGGACAACAGCAGCAAGUGCAGAUGCAGCCGCCUCAGCCAGGGCAGGGGGUGCUGCAGCAGGCAGGGCUGGCGUCGCAACAUCAUACGCCUCAGCCUACACCGGGCCUGCAGACUCCCGGGGGAGAUCAAGGGCAGGGGCAGAUGUCUGGACAAGUGUCGGCGCAGGGUACACCUGCGCCUGGGCAAUAG